AUGAAGGAUGUGGAGCUGACUGAGGUGGAGCCGACCGAGAAGGAGAAGGAGAACGGUAACGGCACCGUCAAGGUUCUUCUCCCCGAGGAGGAGACCGAAGCCAAGUUCACCGGUCUAUCGAAAGAGGAGCUGCUGCGCGUGGCCGGCACCCCAGGAUGGGUGCGAACCCGCUACGCGCUGCUGGCUCUCUUCUGGCUGGGCUGGCUGGGCAUGUUGGCCGGGGCGGUGAUCAUCAUCCUGCAGGCCCCGCGCUGCCGGACGCCUCCCGCGGUCAGUUGGUGGAACCAGGGCCCGCUGUACCAGAUUGGCGACGUCCAAGCCUUCGCUGACAACCUACCGGGCGUGCAGCAGAAGGUGAGACAGCUGGCCAAGCUGAAGCUGAAGGGCCUGGUCCUGGGGCCCGUGCACGUGGCCCCGGAGGACCAGCCGCAGCGCCUCGACUUCCACAACAUCUCCCCCGACGUCGGGAACCUCCGGCAGUUCAGAGACCUCCUGCAAGCGGUCCACAAGAAGAACAUGUUCUUGGUCCUGGAUCUGACUCCUAACUACCAUGGCAACCAGCCGUGGUACUCCAACAUCACCGUGACGACGGUCGCAGAGGAACUGAAGUCCGCUCUGAUGUUCUGGCUGAAGGAGGGGGUGGACGGGGUCCAGCUGGCGGGGGUGGAGCAGGUGAUGACCGCCGAGCCAUCUCUCUGGGCCGACAUCCGAGCCAUCGUCCAGAACCGCAGCGAUGACGUCGACAGCAAGAAGGUCCUGGUGGGGGUGACGGACGGGGGGUCCGCCCCGGGGGUCUCCGCCCUGCUGGGCUCCAGCGGGGUGGACCUCCUGCUGUCGGACGUCCUGCGCUCCACCGCCGAGGACGCCACUGAGCGCGCUCAGUCCGUCCAGCUCCUGGUCGCCGCCCACCCGCAGGGUCGGCUGGCCUGGAACCUGGGGGGGCGGAGCCAGGGUCACCUGGCCUCGCUGGUGGGCUCGUCCGGGGUCAAAGGUCACCAGCUGCUGCUGUUCACGUUGCCGGGGACGCCCGUGUUCAACUAUGGGGACGAGGUCGGCCUGUUGGACCAGGAGACUACGUUUCCCACAAUGCUCUGGGACUCGCCGGAAGCAGAGCAGGAGCUCAAUGGAACCGCAAAGGAGGAUCAGGAGCGCCGCUCCUCCGUGCUCCAGGUGUUCCGGGGUCUGUCCGAGCUGCGUGCGGCCGAGCCGGCGCUGCUGUACGGGGACCUCCUCCUGCUGCACAACGCCUCCUCCUCGCUGGCCUACGCCCGCGUCUGGGACCAGAGCGACCGCUUCCUCGCCGCCUUCAACUGGGGCUCCGAGGAGGGCGUGGCCCUGGACCUGUCCCACCCCCUGCUGGGCCCCGAGGGCGUGGUCGUCAUGGCCACCGACGCCGGCGCCCAGGGGCCCGGGGCCGCGGGGCCGGGGGCCGCCGUGUCCCUGGAGGCCGUGCAGCUGGGCCCGGGACAGGCGCUGCUGAUCAAGGUCCCCUACCGCGGCUAG